AUGAUAGUCUUUGAAAACAUCAUGAUCAUGAAUGAAAAAGGAGUUUCAACUUUAUUGAACAACAUACAUGAAAUUAAAGGUGAACCAUCAACUGAGCCACAAUUCUUGAAGGCCAGUCAGAUAGUGCGAAGCCCGCAUAUACGUAGUAGCCCAGCUCCCCAACAAACUGGUAUACUCCCUUGUCUCCACAAGGGAGAUAGCAGUCCGGCGGGAGAUAAACGGUUGUCGAUGGCGGAAAUUGAGGUGGAGACGGUGACUGUGGCGGAGGUUAACUGUCAGCGGGUGGUUUGGGCCGGCGGACGCGGGAGGCGGAGUCGAUAG